AUGGAGAUGUUUUUAUUAGUAAAGAUUUUAACUAUCUUCACUGCGAUCAACUUCUUGUGCAACAAAUUCAGUGGACAAAUACCUGCGGAGGUGGGAGGAUUCAAAUCAUUGUACAUCCUCAACUUGUCCAACAAUGCUUUCACAGGUGCAAUCCCACCAUCGUUAAGUAACAUGCAAAAACUCGAGUCGUCAGAUCUCUCAGUGAACAGCCUGAACGAGCAAAUUCCAGCAGAGUUUGCAAAGCUCACUUUGCUCUCGUUCUUGAAUCUCUCAAACAAUCAGUUGGUUGGCAGGAUCUCACACAGCACUCAGUUUUCAACAUUUCCAAAAUCAUCCUUUGAAGGCAACAAGGAUUUAUUGGGGCCUCCUUUGACAACAGAUGACAUAGCUGCAGUGUUUUCACCACAGCCAAUGUCCAAUGGAAGGCGUUUUCCAAAUUCAGGCCAUGAUCAGAUUAUUGGGAUGUUAUAA